AGAGCAGCUCCGCUGCAGCCGCCACCAUGCAGGGUACCGUGAGGCUGUGGGUGUCGGUGCUGACUUUCGCCCUGUCGCUGCUGGUCUGCCUGGGGACGCUGGCAGAGGCGUACCCCUCCAAACCGGACAGCCCCGGCGAGGACGCCCCCGCAGAGGACAUGGCCAGAUACUACUCGGCGCUGAGGCACUACAUCAACCUCAUCACCCGGCAGAGAUAUGGAAAGAGAUCAAGCCCAGAGACACUGAUCUCAGACCUCUUGUUGAGGGAAAGCACAGAAAAUAUUCCUAGAUCCAGGUUUGAAGAACCUUCGAUGUGGUGACGGGAUUUUCAGCACACCAUCAAAACUUUUCCUAGUUUUCAGUUCACACUCCACGCCUAUGAAGCAAACCAUAGCAUCAUUCCCAGUGCAUGCAGCCAUUGUACUGAAUUCUGUAGAGUUUUUCGUUCAUCAUAUUUGUAUAUAACUUUAUUUAAAUAAAUUAUUUGUGCAUUCCAAAAUAUAACAUACUAAAUGAAAACAACCGUGUCAUUGGUGUAGCAAGGAGUUGUUUUAAACUAUUAAAACUGAAUUAUAACCUCUCUCC